AUGCUUCCUCUGUUAGAAUUAAGCCUCCCAUGUGCAGGUCUUGAGUUAACUCCACCUUUAUCAUCCACUUGGUGUGUUCUGUACCCCCUACACUCAGACACAGACCAGGUGUACAGUCUGUGUGUCCAUCACAAAACACACACUGUAUUUUCAGCCACUCUGCAGGUGCAUGGCUACAUAUAAGAUUGAUCUCCACUUUACUGAGGUAAGAUAGAUUCUCUGUGUCCUGGUGUUUCACUAAUAAUUAUGGAUUCAGCUAUUAUUUACCUUUAAUUUCUGACCAUCUGCUUUCGCCAAGAAGACCCCUCAAGUAGCAGGUAACGUAUGCUGGCUGAGAAUGCUGUGAGUUGAAGCCCAACCACAUUCUGCAAGAAGCGAUGUCCUGCCUUCAGUAGUUUUUGUGUCUGUAUACCACAAUAUAGUAUAUAGUUAUAUAAAUACAUAUUUUUCUUUGUACAUAUUCCAACACAGUUUAAUGUUUUCACUAAAAUGGUUUACAAACAGUCAAGCAGCCUUGCAUAAAAAAAUUAUUUUAUUCAUUUACAAAAAUUGUAAAUAUCUUAAUUUGUAUUUAUAUUUACAUUUAUCUUUUAUCAUUGCUAGAUGUCAUAAAAUGUUUGAUAAUUUGUAAUUUUAUUUUACUAUAGCUAGCCUAUGGAUACACUGAAUGUAAAUGGACAAAAUAUGGAACACUUGAAAUCAGAGUGUAACGAAUGGAGCAAGUCUCUCAAUUAAAUACACAAAGAAAUUCACCAUAUAGAUUUAGUUACUGCGAAAUUGUUGCACUUUUUUUGUGAUUUGUGUUACACGUGGGCCGACCUCUCUAAGUUUCACAAUUUGUAUGAUUUUUCCACCAAGUUCAGGAAAAAAAUAAAGAAUGCAGAAAGCAUAGUGGGGGGUGGGGGAAGGGGGUCAUCUGAUUUUAUUUGCUGGCAAUAAAUGGACAAAUAAAUUAUAACAUUGACCCAGAAAAAAAAGAUAUUAGGAAGGCCCUGCUCAAACUACCUAACAAAAUUAUGCAACCAGGCAAAAAUAGCCAGCUCAUUAAGGGUUAACCUCUAAGUAACGAAAUAGCCAGCUCGGUAAGGGUUAAGCUCUAAGUAACAAAAUAGCCAGCUCAGUAAGGGUUAACCUCUAAAUAACAAAAUAGCCAGCUCAUUAAGGGUUAACCGCUAAGUAACAAAAUAGCCAGCCCAUUAAGGGUUAACCUCUAAAUAACAAAAUAGCAAGCUCAGUAAGGGUUAACCUCUAAAUAUCAAAAUAGCCAGCUCAUUAAGGGUUAACCUCUAAAUAACAAAAUAGCCAGCUCAUUAAGGGUUAACCGCUAAGUAACAAAAUAGCCAGCUCAGUAAGGUUUAUGGCAACCUUUUGGCCAAUAUAUCUUAUGUGAAAUACUUCUCCAUUUCAGGGAGAGACACAUGUUGUCACAAACUGACUACAAACUGGAGUUUAGAGAAUGACCUGCCUGAUUGCUCAACAAACCCCCAUGUGUCAUGUGACCUAAGAGCAUACACUGUGUAUGUGAUAUAUUAUAUAAUAUAAUAUGAUGUUUUGACUAUUUUGAAGAAAAAUAAAUGCUUUAAAAGUUUCACCCAAAAUAUAAAACUAAGGCCUAUAUUUUGUGUCCUGUUAAUUAAGGGGAUGUUUACAAUCUAACACUAUCUAUCUUUCUAUAGUUACCAACCAUCGAUGCCAUCGUUUAGCUCAGGUUCUGUUAUUGUGAAAUCUAAUACCUUUUACAGAUCAAUAGUUUGUCACAAGUCAUCGUAAAUAUAACUAAUUUCAGAAAUAAAUAAACAUUCUAUUAAUGUGAUUCAUUGGCCUUCCAACUAGUAUACGCUGGUAAAACAGCUACUACUAUUCAUACCAUCAUAACAGCCAAUCAGGUUGGGUCAUUUUAUUCUGUGAGAUGGUGCAAGGGGUCCCAAUAUAGACCUAUCCCUUUAUAAUGUAUGUCUUCCUGGUAGAUAGAAUUAGAUUAGAUAGAUUAAAUAUUACAUAAAAUAGAGACUUGCUGUGUGUCCUUUUUUCAGUUCUUUUCUACUAAGACAGUCGGUCAGGCCAUAACAGAACGCCCUCAGCUAACUGUUUAAUAUUCUGUGUAUUCUCCUAUAAGACAAGACGCAACCAACCAGCCCACAGUUGGAUCUCCGCAAAAAUCUCAUGAUGGGAAUAAUGAAAGGUCCAUUGUCGUAUUCACUGUGCUCUUCCAUUUAGAAAGGGAAGGCAUAUUUACUAAUUCCAAGAAAGCCUCGUCAGUAAAUAUAAUGAAAUGUAACUAUAUCCUGAGAUUCAUAUAAAGACAUCUAUGGUAUGGAACGUAUUAAACCUGUUAACAUCUCUCAGCAGAAAAUGAACACGUUCCUACUUUUACUUUGGAUUCUGCCAUUUGUAGAAGGUAAGCCUAUGGUUAGGAUUGUGGAAGAAAUCUUUCUUCAUUGUGUUAGAUUAUAUCAUGGGCUCUACAUAUACUGAUCCAGCCAUGACUCUUGUUUUAGAAAGAUAAGAAGCUGAUUUGAACUUGAUAUUAGCUAAGCCUAUUACUGCGGCUUGGAUGGCUGAAAUUGGCUGAGAGUGCUGGGGAUUGGUUCUCCAGGGGUGCUUCUAACCUUGUUAAUCUUGUUCAGGUUGGACAGAAUUGACAUCAAUGUGGAUUUGCUAAUCCCUCUUUAUCGUUGGGUGAGGCGGUGGUGGUUUUUGGGUGCCGGGGAUAGUUCACUCAAUGGUUUGACAUAAAUGUAUGUGAUAAAUGUGGGAUCUUAUCAUCAUCUUUAACAAGUAACCCCUCCUACCUACAGACCACAUGAGUAAAAGGGGUACUGCAUGCAUGUACAUCCGGCUGAGUGACAGAUGUACUGCUCAGCCCUACAAAUAGAUAUAAAUUAACAGCCCUGUCGAAGAGCUCUUGCAUUAGCUGAAUGCCAUGGAUGUAAUUUGCACAGCUCAUCUAAUGAUUGCAUUGUGUGUUCUGUGAACUCGGGCUCUACCGUACACCAGGGGGAAAACCAAAGAUGGCAGGGCAGAAAGAAAUCUCGGACUGUCCAGUCAAGUCUAGGGCUGCUGGGAAGUAUUCUCCCACAUACCCCACAUAAACCUCCACCACCUACCUGCUGUGUGGUCCUAUGCUAGUGGUGCUAAAAGUGCUAUUUGUUUCUUUUCCAUUUUUUAGGCCAAACUGUGACACUUACUACUACAUCCCAACCACCACAAACAUCAUUGGAAGGUGGAAAGUUGAAUAAUGACUCCACGACAGCUCACGGUAUGAAUUCUAAUAACAAACUGCAACAGACAAAACUUCCGUCAGAUGGCAUAACAAGCAUUAUCUAUGAUACAUUAACAGCCUUUUAUUGCCAAAUAAUCUUCUGUGAUUGACCAAACUGUUAAAAUAAAGCAGCAUUGAUCAUAGUUACUCACAGCUGAAGUCAUGCCAUCCUCUUUACAUAGUGACCAUAACGCUAAGCGACAUCACCAACCAAUCAGAAAAAGCUCCCAUGGACCGUGAUCAAAAUACAACAAUUCCCAUCGACAACAAGUCAACGAUAACUCCCACCAGAGGUAACAACUGAAAUUCCUUUAGAUAAUCAAUAUUUAUUGUGUUUGUUUAUUGUCUCCUUUAAAUAGUAAGUUUGGAUUCCAAUAAACUCCAACCCACAAACUGUGUAUGGAAGCCCUGUAAUGGAACACACUCACUUUAAAAACAAUUAUAUGUUUUUUAUAUUUCCAUCUGUUUAAUUGAGGCUUCAAAGAGAGCAAUAGAAGAACAUUGUUACAGAACAAUACGUAAAUAUCAGAGUCUCUAAACCCGAGAAAGAAACUUCAGUGGAUGGUAAUAACACAUAAAACCGACAUACAUUAUAAACUGCAGAACACCGAAUAGAUUGAGCCAAGUUAGAUACACAAAGAAAGUGGGGGGUAACCCCAAAUAAAGAAUAAAGAGAACAAGAAUGAUCUGAUCUGCAACUAUAUAUCUUUUUUAUUUUAUCUAGACGAUUUAUAUUUUUCUUUAUAGAUUUGUCUAGCAACUAUUUUAGACUUUUUGGUGUUUAUAUGGUAGCACGUAUUUGGGUCACAUAUUUGUUUUGCUCAAUAAACUUUUAUUAUUUUUGUUUUUAGUGGCUUUAUCUGACCUUUAUAGUAGGCUAUUUGUUGGCUAUCUUGAAUUUCGUUGAUGCUUAUAUUUUGCAUCAUGAAUUAGAUACACUUCAUCCUGUUCUCUUUAUACAUUAUAAACUGCUUACUUGUUGAUAUUGUGUUUAAUGUUAAAGUGUUCUUGGAGACUUUUAAAUUAUGAGUCGUUCCCUUUUAAAAUAAAAAGUGCCGUAUUUUACUAACCUAUUAUCCAAUCCAAUCUCUGGUCCAAUCCAGAGCUAUGAUGGAGGCGUAUAAUUGUAUGUUGGAUUCUAUUUUUCACACAUAACAAAUAUAUAUAUAUUUAGAUAUAGGGAUAAGGAAACACAUUUUAAGAAAUCAUUGUAAGUUGUAGUCGCCCUUUAAUUCACUCAUGUGAUGACCAUACAGUUUUAUGAACACACAGACAAGGUUGGGGUAUAAAAUGAUCUUUAUUUUGCUCCCGUUUUGGGGUGAAUCUCUCUGCUGAUUGCAGUGAAAUGAGCACAGCUUUGCACAGUUUAUGGUAAGAUAGCUAAACUGUAACUAAAGCUGGCGAUUGUGAAGGAAUACCCCAUCACUUUCGGCUCCUUUCGUUUGUUUGGAUUCCACAGAGACCAAUUAGAACGUGGAACAUUAUGUAUCUUGUAUGAAAACCGCAAACGAAAGAAUUAAUAGAAUGCUCCACUGGGUGGCCACAAUUUCGGGGGAAAUGGAUGGCGGCCAUUUUGUCUCCCGAAUGCUGGCAGCGGGACUUGGUCGUCGAGUACCUGGAAUUCAUUUCUGCCAGGCACUCCUGCAAACACCAGUCAAAAUGGUCCUACGGCCCGUUCCAGUUCUCCUAUACAAACGUCGUUCGAGAGUUACAGACUACCAAAGAUGGGGAACAGUCUACAUGAACCAGCUUUCCUCUACCUUGAUGACAGCACAGUCCUCUCUCCAGAUUACACACACAAUGAUCAGCUCUGCAUUAUAGGGCAUUGUACUGUACACUGGGAUGUGGUAAAUAGAGGUCCAUCUAGGCCAGUACUUAUACCUGUCUGGUGGUUUAGUGAUUGCAGUCAGAUUAUAUUCCCAACAAUUAAAUACAGCUGCUUGAGAUACCUGAGUUUCCUCCCUCCCAGGGCUCCAGCUUUUAAAGAUACCCACGCUUCCUUCCUUCCUUCCAUCUCUCCAGCUGCUUGAGAUACCAAAACUCCCUCCCUCUCAGGGAUCUAGCUGCAAGAGAUAUCCAAGCUUCGUCCCUCUCAGGGAUCCAGCUGCUCGAGAUACCCAAGCUUUGUCCCUCUCAGGGAUCCAGCUGCAAGAGAUAUCCAAGCUUUGUCCCUCUCAGGGAUCCAGCUGCUCGAGAUACCCAAGCUUUCUCCCUCUCAGGGCUCUCGCUGUUCGAGAUACCCAAGCUUCCUCCCUCUCAGGGCUCCUGCUGCUCAAUAUAUCCAAGCUUCCUCCCUCUCAGGGCUCCAGUUGCUCGAGAUAUCCAAGUUUCCUCCCUCUCAGGGCUUCUGCUGUUCGAGAUACCCAAGCUUCCUCCCUCCAAGGGCUCCAGCUGCUCAAGAUAUCCAAGCUUCCUCCCUCUCAGGGCUCCUGCUGCUCGAGAUAUCCAAGCUUCCUCCAGGGCUCCAGUUGCUCGAGAUAUCCAAGUUUCCUCCCUCUCAGGGCUCCAGCUGCUCAAGAUAUCCAAGCUUCCCCCCUCUCAGGGCUCCUGCUGCUCAAGAUAUCCAAGCUUCCCCCCUCUCAGGGCUCCUGCUGCUCGAGAUAUCCAAGCUUCCUCCCUCACAGGGCUCCCGCUGCUCAAGAUACCCAAGCUUCCCCCUCCCAGGACUCCACCUGCUUGAGAUACGGAAGCUUCCUCCCUCCCAGGACUCCACCUGCUUGAGAUACGGAAGCUUCCUCUCUCCCAUACACUGCCAGAACCUCACUUCCUGGACAAUAGCCCUAUAAGUCCCCCCUUGUAAUACUGAUCUUUAUAAAUAUACAAAAUGGGUAAACAAUAUAUUUUAUAAUUUAAUUUAAUAUGCUCCUUAUCACUUUAUUCUAAAUUUAGUCUUAAAUCAAUUCUUACUUUUAAUCUUAGGAAAAAUUAUAUUCUUAUUGUCCCCAAUCUAUCAGAGAUAUUCACUAAACUGUGUAUUUUGGGAAUUUGGAGGGAGGUUGCAUUUUAUCUCAGAAUACUUGAACUGGAAAAAUGAUUCAGGUAACAUUUAUUUUAAUGUUAGCUUCUUUGACCCAAAUGUAACAUUUAUUUUGAGUUCAUGAGACUACCGUGCAUUGAAUGUGUUCUCUGUAAGAGGUAAAAUAUUGCAUACAGGGUAUCACAAGAAAGAGGAGGACCUGAGAUUUAAUAGAGAAUGUUUUUUUUAAUACAAGAGGAGGAUGUUGUCAAGCAGCAAUGAGUAAUAGAUCAUUAUUCCUCUCCUACGAGUUAAGUGAUUUCACAAACCUGUUCUUUUUUUCCUUAACAGAUGUGUCAAAAAUCAAAGAUGAUCCAUUCUUCUACGGUGGGUGACAAUCUGUUUGGAAUAUGUUGUUACAGAGGUAGAGAUUUUACAGGGCACAGGGGCGGAAUCACUAAAAUCAAUCUGUAAAUUAUUUAACUAGAAGGAUACAUUUCGGGGGGUAUUGCUGCGAAAUAUGUCUUGGAGUGUAAAUGUAAUAAAUCCCGAUUAACUGAGAAUUAGCUUACUGACCUUAAAAGAUUGUAAGAUUAUGAUUUGCUAAAGCGAUUAUUUAAUAAACUGGGAAAAAUGGAGACUGGCCAGGAGAAUUGCAAAUCAUUUUUUCCUUUUUUGUUAAAUUAAUUUUGCACCGUACAUCUACUCUUUUCUCCCAAACUUCCGUGUUUGCCUCUUUACAUCAAAUUAAGUUGCGCAUGAUUUCAUCACUUUGUUUUAUGUUAAUUCAUCUGUUAGCUUUCUACAAUAGAACAACAAAUCUCAGGAACCCUUCCUGUGCCCGCAAGGCACUGUUUAUGAGGUAAAAGCUCAGCAGUGAAAGUUGGCUGAAUGUCAUAAUUAGAUGAGCCAUUUCCAGGUCUGAGCAGAGAUCCCUGUAGAAGCUAAAAAGCCUGGUGAUUUGCAGUAACAUAAAGAUUUCUUUAAAUACGAAUUUCUUUUUUAUUUUCUUUCAUUCUUAAUGUAUUGCUCUCAUACUUGAUUCAUUAAAGAGAUGAUAGUAUCCAGCUGAAAUGUCCCUUUAAUUAACACUAUGUUCAAACACUGAAGAGUUCUAGAGUAGCACUCUCCAAUAACUGGCUGUGAUCCCUCUACCGGGCUGCAAAUGAUGUAUUUGUCAUUCUGUUCAUUUUGGAGGUGGGUGUGAUUAAUCAAUGGAUUUUAAAGUGCAUCCCCAGCUGCCAAGCUCACCAUUAAUCUGCUGCCAUUCCUGUCCUACGAGGCUUUGUGCAUUGAGCAUGUCUCAUAAAUAAACAUUAUAAAUGAAUAUUGCAUAAACAAGCCAAAGGCAACAUGAAAGUAUCGAAAAAAAUAAGCAAUCAGAUAAAGGCAGUCUAUUAAAAUCACGUUAUUAACUAUUAAUGACGUGUUAGUAUACACAGCUCCAUCCCUUUGGUUUAACGCUACAUGAACUAUACGCUGCAAUUCAAACACCAUCUCUACUGCGUUCGUUUUGUCUCAAUAUGUUAAGAUUGUCCCCACCAAACUGAGCAAUGAAAGUGAGCUAUAAUGAUUAUUAUAUUAUGAUAUUCCAUCUCUAUAUUGCCCAGACAUUCAUAUCCACGCAUGAUCAGGAGAGGCGAUACAUGGCAUUAGACACAUAACAAAUGAUUCAGUAAUUUAUUGGAUAAGUUGUUCCUGUAAUAUUUGAUUUAAAAUUGUCUUAUUUACCUCUGUACAUUUUGAUUCCAUACAAACCUGGCAAUCUUUUCUCCUGAAGUCUUUGAAUGAGCUUUAAAGAAAACGAAAACUUUUUGCUUCCCUAUACAUUAUUUUGGUUCUUCUCCUAAAACUCUUUUAUAUUAUAAGAAUUCAACACAGUGCAGUGUUUUUUUUAAAAACCUUUUCCUUACUAGUUUGUCCAAUUAAAUCUAGCGUCACGUGGCCCUUUUGUGUUACUUCCCCUUCCUAUUUUUCUCUUUCAUGUCCAAAAGAACGUUCAUGUUUAAUUCUCCUACGUCUUCUGCUAUUUCAAAAUCUUUUCCUUUUUAAUAAUUCUUCUCUACACAUUUGUCCUUUACCCAAACUGCCUGCAUGUUGAAUACAUUGUCUGUACAAUUUUUGCUCUGCCUUAACAUUUGACUUUUGGGAAUGUUUUUAAGCCAGGCAGUAAAAUGACAGCCGUCACUUCCUAUGUACCCAAUCACAUACACUUUAAAAAGAAAAAAUGUUUUUUUUAUACUUUUAACUUAUCCUUUUCUAAAAAAUAUAUUGUGCUAAGGUGCAUGGAAUUGUCAGUGACGAUAUUUAUAUCUCUAUUUUUGAGAGAGGGUUAUGGUAUCCACCCCCCUCGGUUUUUAAUUAACUCUAAAACAAAAAGGAUGAAUCUGAAUUGACUCCAAACCUUGCUUGUCUAUAAUAGAGUAUUAGCAGUAACAUAAAUAAAUUUCUGGCUGAGUGAAGACAAAGACCAAAUGUGCAGAUUAUCUAGAGGUCGGUGAAUCCUAUGUUUUGUGAGUUUAACCUUAAGUCAGAAAGGGAUGUUGGUUUGUGCUCUGAUGGCCUAAGUUUUUUUUUUUUGCAUAUUAGUUUAAGUUGCCUGUUACAGCACAUUAUGGCAGAGACGAUACUGAGUGCUUUGUGACUCUCCAAGACUGUGGUUAAUAAAUACCUUGCGUGCUUUAUGUAAGGACUUGAGGCCUUGCAUGGCAGCAGGAUCACAAUAUCUAAAUCAAAAAAUAAAUAAUGAUGCAAGUUAGCAUAAAAACAGUUAUUAUGAUUAUAAUUAUUAGUUUAAAAAGCCCCAAAAUCCUUCAAUGACUAGACGGCCUCCGUCCACACAAAAACCUAAUAAUCAGUGCAUUUGUGAUAGAGAAUGAGGCUUGCACUCUAGUAGAUAUCCUCGCAAUGGGCCAUAAAUAGCUGGAUGGGAACCCCAUUACCGUUCUCCUCUCCAACAGGUAAAAAAAAAUCCCCUCAAAUGAAGAAAAAAUGAUCUAAAGUAACUAAAUGCUUGCUGUAAUAAAACUAGUCACAAUUAAUUUUACCUUCUGAUUCUAGAAAUUAUUUUACAGCAUUGCAUUCCAAUUUUUGUUUACGUUAUUAUGUAAACUUUCCAAAUCACUGCUAAUUUAUAAAUAUUCACCAUUACCCUCAAAUGUGCCCAACAUGCUAACAAGGUUCAUACUUUCCUUUAGAUAAGAUCUUGUAGUUAUGUUACCGGAAAACAUAGAAGAAGCCACACAUAGAGAUAUGGACACAGGUAUUCAGGAAAUAACAGAUCUUUUAUUUACACACCGAUCGGGUCUCAGAUGAACUCCUGUUCCAAAAAUAUCUGAGAGGCAGAAAGCAUGGUGCCGAGGCCUGUUAUUAGUAGCAUAUCCCCUCCCAUACAGUAUAACCCCUCCAAUAUUCCUCAGACCAAUCAGCACACAGGAUAUUCAGGAUCACCUUAUAUGGGCAGACCACAUGGCUUGUUGAAGACAAAGGAAUGUACUAUCCACUUCCACACAUGCUCAGUACACUGAUGGCUCAUCCAACUGUUUGUAAUCAGAUACUAAUUAGCAUAUGCCAUGUGGAGAUUUCGGCCUACUAAAUUUUGACAAUGCUGGAAUCCCAUCACAACUUUGUUAUAACAUUGUAAUUACUAAAAAAAGAAUUGAAAAGAUAUUUAUGCAAUUUGAGGAGUAAAUAAGAACUGGUACCUUAAAGCUGAUGUUUAUGUAUCCACAGUCUUUUUUAGUUAACAUCCCUUAAUCUUAUCACUAAGAUUAGCUUGGUUUGAUUGGAUGAUAAUCAUUAGCGGUUGUCACAGGUUCGGUUUGAUUGGAUGAUAACCAUUAGCGGUUGUCGCAGGUUUGGUUUGAUUGGAUGAUAACCAUUAGCGGUUGUUACAGGUUUGGUUUGAUUGGAUGAUAACCGUUAGCGGUUGUUACUGAUUUGGUUUGAUUGGAUGAUAACCAUUAGCGGUUGUUACAGGUUUGGUUUGAUUGAAUGAUAACCAUUAGCGGUUGUUACAGGUUUGGUUUGAUUGGAUGAUUACCAUUAGCGGUUGUUACAGGUUCGGUUUGAUUGGAUGAUAACCAUUAGCGGUUGUUACAGGUUUGGUUUGAUUGGAUGAUUACCAUUAGCGGUUGUUACAGGUUCGGUUUGAUUGGAUGAUAACCAUUAGCGGUUGUUACAGGUUUGGUUUGAUUGGAUGAUAACCAUUAGUUGUUACAGGUUUGGUUUGAUUGGAUGAUAACCAUUAGCGGUUGUUACAGGUUUGGUUUGAUUGGAUGAUAACCAUUAGCGGUUGUUACAGGUUUGGUUUGAUUGGAUGAUAACCAUUAGCGGUUGUUACAGGUUUGGUUUGAUUGGAUGAUAACCAUUAGCGGUUGUUACAGGUUUGGUUUGAUUGGAUGAUAACCAUUAGCGGUUGUUACAGGUUAGGUUUGAUUGGAUGAUAACCGUUAGCGGUUGUUACUGAUUUGGUUUUAUUGAAUGAUAACCAUUAGCGGUUGUUACAGGUUCAGUUUGAUUGGAUGAUAACCGUUUGCAGUUGUUACAGGUUUGGUUUGAUUGGAUUAUAAUCAUUAGCGGUUGUUACAGGUUUGGUUUGAUUGGAUGUUAACCAUUAGCGGUUGUUACAGGUUUGGUUUGAUUGGAUGAUAACCAUUAGCGGUUGUUACAGGUUUGGUUUGAUUGGAUGAUAACCAUUAGCGAUUGUUACAGGUUUGGUUUGAUUGGAUGAUAACCAUUAGCGAUUGCUACAGGUUUGGUUUGAUUGGAUGAUAACCAUUAGCGGUUGUUACAGGUUCAGUUUGAUUGGAUGAUAACCGUUUGCAGUUGUUACAGGUUUGGUUUGAUUGGAUUAUAAUCAUUAGCGGUUGUUACUGAUUUGGUUUGAUUGUAUGAAACCAUAAGCGGUUGUUACAGGUUUGGUUUGAUUGAAUGAUAACCAUUAGCAGUAGUUACAGGUUAGGUUUGAUUGGAUGAUGACCAUUAGCCUUUGUUCCACGUUUGGUUUGAUUGGAUGAUAACCAUUAGCGAUUGCUACAGGUUUGGUUUGAUUGGAUGAUAACCAUUAGCGGUUGUUACAGGUUCGGUUUGAUUAGAUGAUGACCAUCAUUAGCGGUUGUUACAGGUUUGGUUUGAUUAGAUGAUAACCAUUUGCAGUUGUUACAGGUUUGGUUUGAUUGGAUGAUGACUAUUAGCCUUUGUUCCAGGUUUGGUUUGAUUGGAUGAUAACCAUUAGCGGUUGUUACAGGUUCAGUUUGAUUAGAUGAUAACCAUUUGCAGUUGUUACAGGUUUGGUUUGAUUGGAUGAUAACCAUUAGCGGUUGUUACAGGUUUGGUUUGAUUGGACGAUAAUCGUUAUCGGUUGUUACUGAUUUGCUUUGAUUGGAGGAUAACCGUUUGCAGUUGUUACAGGUUUGGUUUGAUUGGAUGAUAACCAUUAGCGGUUGUUACUGAUUUGGUUUGAUUGGAUGAUAACCAUUAGCGGUUGUUACAGGUUUGGUUUGAUUGGAUGAUAACCAUUAGCGGUUGUUACAGGUUUGGUUUGAUUGGAUGAUAACCAUUAGCAGUUGUUACAGGUUUGGUUUGAUUGGAUGAUAACCGUUUGCAGUUGUUACAGGUUUGGUUUGAUUGGAUGAUAACCAUUAGCAUUACUGAGUUUUGAUUGUGAUAUCUGAUUUGGUUUGAUUGGAUGAUAACCAUUAGCGGUUGUUACAGGUUUGGUUUGAUUGAAUGAUAAGCCAUUAGCAGUUGUUACAGGUUUGGUUUGAUUGGAUGAUUACCAUUAAGCGGUUGUUACAGGUUCAGUUUGAUUGGAUGAUAACCGUUUGCAGUUGUUACAGGUUUGGUUUGAUUGGAUUAUAAUCAUUAGAGGUUGUUACUGAUUUGGUUUGAUUGUAUGAAACCAUAAGCGGUUGUUACAGGUUUGGUUUGAUUGAAUGAUAACCAUUAGCAGUAGUUACAGGUUAGGUUUGAUUGGAUGAUGACCAUUAGCCUUUGUUCCAGGUUUGGUUUGAUUGGAUGAUAACCAUUAGCGAUUGCUACAGGUUUGGUUUGAUUGGAUGAUAACCAUUAGCGGUUGUUACAGGUUCAGUUUGAUUGGAUGAUAACCGUUUGCAGUUGUUACAGGUUUGGUUUGAUUGGAUUAUAAUCAUUAGCGGUUGUUACUGAUUUGGUUUGAUUGUAUGAAACCAUAAGCGGUUGUUACAGGUUUGGUUUGAUUGAAUGAUAACCAUUAGCAGUAGUUACAGGUUAGGUUUGAUUGGAUGAUGACCAUUAGCCUUUGUUCCAGGUUUGGUUUGAUUGGAUGAUAACCAUUAGCGAUUGCUACAGGUUUGGUUUGAUUGGAUGAUAACCAUUAGCGGUUGUUACAGGUUCGGUUUGAUUAGAUGAUGACCAUCAUUAGCGGUUGUUACAGGUUUGGUUUGAUUAGAUGAUAACCAUUAGCAGUAGUUACAGGUUAGGUUUGAUUGGAUGAUGACCAUUAGCCUUUGUUCCAGGUUUGGUUUGAUUGGAUGAUAACCAUUAGCGGUUGUUACAGGUUCAGUUUGAUUGGAUGAUAACCAUUAGCGGUUGUUACAGGUUCAGUUUGAUUAGAUGAUAACCAUUUGCAGUUGUUACAGGUUUGGUUUGAUUGGAUGAUAACCAUUAGCGGUUGUUACAGGUUUGGUUUGAUUGGAUGAUAACCAUUAGCGGUUGUUACAGGUUUGGUUUGAUUGGAUGAUAACCGUUUGCAGUUGUUACAGGUUUGGUUUGAUUGGAUGAUAACCAUUAGCAGUUGUUACUGAUUUGUUUUGAUUGGAUGAUAAUCAUUAGUAGUUGUUACAGGUUUGGUUUGAUUGGAUGAUAACCAUUAGCGGUUGUUACAGGUUUGGUUUGAUUGGAUGAUAACCAUUAGCGGUUGUUACAGGUUUGGUUUGAUUGGAUGAUAAUCAUUAGCAGUUGUUGAACCAUUAGGAUGAUAACCAUUAGCGGUUGUUACAGGUUUGGUUUGAUUGGAUGUUAACCAUUAGCGGUUGUUACAGGUUCGGUUUGAUUGGAUGAUAACCAUUAGCGGUUGUUACAGGUUUGGUUUGAUUGGAUGAUAACCAUUAGCGAUUGUUACAGGUUUGGUUUGAUUGGAUGAUAACCAUUAGCGGUUGUUAUAGGUUCGGUUUGAUUGGAUGAUAACCGUUUGCAGUUGUUACAGGUUUGGUUUGAUUGGAUGAUAACCAUUAGCAGUUGUUACUGAUUUGUUUUGAUUGGAUGAUAAUCAUUAGUGGUUGUUACAGGUUUGGUUUGAUUGGAUGAUAACCAUUAGCGGUUGUUACAGGUUUGGUUUGAUUGGAUGAUAACCAUUAGCGGUUGUUACAGGUUUGGUUUGAUUGGAUGAUAAUCAUUAGCAGUUGUUGAACCAUUAGGAUGAUAACCAUUAGCGGUUGUUACAGGUUUGGUUUGAUUGGAUGUUAACCAUUAGCGGUUGUUACAGGUUUGGUUUGAUUGGAUGAUAACCAUUAGCGGUUGUGACAGGUUCGGUUUGAUUGGAUGAUAACCAUUAGCGGUUGUUACAGGUUUGGUUUGAUUGGAUGAUAACCGUUAGCGAUUGUUACAGGUUUGGUUUGAUUGGAUGAUAACCAUUAGCGGUUGUUACAGGUUCGGUUUGAUUGGAUGAUAACCAUUAGCGGUUGUUACAGGUUUGGUUUGAUUGGAUGAUAACCAUUAGCGGUUGUUACAGGUUCGGUUUGAUUGGAUGAUAACCAUUAGCGGUUGUUACAGGUUUGGUUUGAUUGGAUGAUAACCAUUAGCGGUUGUUACACGUUUGGUUUGGUUGGAUGAUAACCAUUAGCGAUUGUUACAGGUUUGGUUUGAUUGGAUGAUAACCAUUAGCGGUAGUUACAGGUUGGUUUGAUUGGAUGAUAACCAUUAGCGGUUGUUGUAGGUUCGGUUUGAUUGGAUGAUAACCAUUAGCGGUUGUUACAGGUUUGAUUUGAUUAGGUCAGUGAUUAGUGACAGUUAUUAAAAUUAUAGCUGAACAGAAUUGAGAUUUAGUUUCAAACAUGCCUUCAUUUUCACUACAGAAGAAAUCACAGAUUAGAUUUUAAUUUACCAUGCUAUGUAGGGUGACAGUAUAGCAAUGAAUACUUUGUAGAGACAAUGGGUUAAACAAAAUACACUUGUAAGCAUAAGCAUGACAUACAAAGCCUCUCACUAAUAAUUUAUAACUUGGUUUUCAUAUAACUACAGUUUCCUAUAACUACAGUUUUCCUAUAACAAGGGAAGAAAAGAAUGUGCUGCACAACAUCAUCUGCUUUAACAGACUUAAAGCCACCUUGUUCUGUUGCAUCCCCUCAGUCUGUUGAAUUAGAUGCACUUGUUAGGUGUGAUGUCAUCAACAAAGGUACACCAGAGGUAAAGCAGUGUAAAUUGACUAAACAGAGACACAACGAGGGGGAACAGAGUAAUGUAAACAGAUCGAUAUAUUGAGCGGUGGCUGAUAUGGUAAGGAAGGACAGAUCUUAUCAUGGCUCCCAGAAUUUCUUAAGGCUUCUAUAUACAUUAUUACAAUUCUUUUUUUAAACAUGAAUUCUGGAAUUGUGGAAACUGACCAGGGAAUUGUACAUUUUAUGCAAAAAUAGCCAAGGCGGAAACAGUUUAAACUUUUCUUUUCAAUCCAGCUAUUUCAACUCAAAAUGUAUGGAGCCCUGGAUAACUCCACGAUUCCUGAAUGAGGGAAUGAAUCUUUAGAGACUCCACAUAGAAGGAUAUGUCUGACUGAAGUUUUAGGACAUUGUCAUCUCUCGGAGCAAGCAAACAGAUGUAGCAGGAAUUGCUAAAUGCUAAUAUACCAUAUCCAUUUGUUUGUUUUUUUGCUGUAACUAUUGAUAUAACAUUCUGCUGCCAUUGCUUAUUCUUUGCAGAUUACCAAUGCCUGUCACACUGGGGCCUGGUGUUCGCGUUUAUUUUAUUUACUCUUGGCAUUAUUGUGCUUUUCAGUAAGUAUCUCCCAUCUCUUUAUGUAAGGAAGCAUGUUCUUUGUACAUCUAAGGCAAAUAAAUCACAUUAAUCCUGAGGUUUAUAUUCCAUUGAUUUGUAUUGUAUUAGCUCAUUGAAGACUUAGGGCAGGCAUAGGCACUCUAGAUUUUGUGAACUACAUCUCCCCUGAUCCUUUGCCAGCAUUAUGGCUGUAAGUGUAUUCUGGGAGAUGUAGUUCACAACAUCUGGAGUGCUGAUGGUUGCCUACUCCUAAAUCUAAACUGUAACAUGUGCUGAGACAACAAUAUGCCCGCGUAAUUUGCCAGGAAAUAAUAAAGGUGGAAAUAAAAGCCAAGACCACUGCAUUUCUAAAUUUCUCAAAUUGAAUUUUAAUAUUUUAUAACUCACUAUUUAGUUACCAGAUCCCUUAAGGCUAUGGUAACUAAAGCAAUUACUUUGUUCAUAAACUUCCAACCGAAAUUCAGGUAAAUGUGGUUUAUAAAUAUUUUCAGAGAUUAAUUUAAGAUUACUCAGUCGUUUACCCCUUCACUGCCUAGCACUUUCUGUUUAAAAAAUUAUUAGUAUAAUAUUUAAUUAAAACAAGGGGAGAAGAGAUGUUACAUAAUGAGACAUUUAUUAUUUUGUGUACAGAUUGCUUUUCUGACAAAUGUAAUAAUUACAAUGAUAUACAAUUUACACAGUUUUUAUUUUUUAUUCCUUUAUACACUAUAGGUUUUUGGUUGGAAUGAAAACCUUUAGACAAUAUACUGUAACUCUUAUAUUGUAAUAUUUGCACAAGGUCUGAAAUGUUAAUAUAAAAGCACAAUUCCUAAUACAGUAGGGUUGUCAAAAAAAGAUAAAUAAAUAGUCAAACAGCCCACUGAUCAAUGUUUGUAAUGACUCCAAAGGCAAUACUAGCAGUCAGGUAACGGAAAUGGCAACAGAAUGCAAAAUGAAUGACUUCAUACAGUAAGUCAGUUAACUCAUAUUUCUAAAAUAAAGGUAUUUAAAAAGGGAAAUGGCAAUCUUUAUCAAUCUCUGCAAUUCUAGUGUAAUGCUAACAGUAAAAUGGUGUAACCCACUAACUCCCCCUGAACUUUAGGAAUGGUAUAACCCAUUGAAACGUCCUUUACUGUUUGGAAGGAGAGUUGACAUUUUCAGCAUACUUUCAGGCAUUAAAUGGGCGAAUAGGGUUUUCUGGCAGAGAAAUGUGUUCUACAUCAUCGCUCUCAUGAAUGCUGAAGUAAAGGUGUAAAUAAAUAAUUACUUCACAGCUUAGUCUUUGGUCCACAGCAGAUCUGUGUAAAGCACUCUGUAUAAUUUGCGGUAUGGUAUGGUUUGACUAAAACCAUAUAUUGGGUAUGAUAUUAUAAAAACAUUUGAUUUCUGUUCAGUGUCACAAAAGAGCAAUACUUGAGUUGAAAAAUCCCAAAACAAAAUAUGUAUUUUAUGUCUAGAUAUUCUAUAUUCUAUAUGUAAACGUAAUAGGGGACAGCCCAGCCGUGGGCUUCAUUCAUGCCAUUAACUGGAAUUGGUUGAAGAAUAUAUGUGCUCUUUAACAGUGAUAUUUAGAGGUGAUUGUUGGAGGAAAGAACUAAAAAAAAUCCAUACAAAGCAGGAAAAAUUAGAGCUCGCAUCCAUUUUAGGGAUAUAAAAUAUAUGUGUGGGUUUAUGUCUUUCCUUUUAAUAUACAGAAAUCAGAGUGGGAGGUGGGGCUGUAUGUGAAUAAUCUCCUUAUUAGAUCUUAUUCAAGUGGGGGAGUGUUGGGGUAAAUAUUAUGUAUCUAUCUGUUUAAUAUGUGCUUGAUUAAGUCUGUGUGUAUGGGAGAUCAGGAAUUAUCUUCAAAGGGAGUUUCUGUUUAGAUAGUUGGAAAGAUACAGCACCUGAAAGGCACCACUACAUCCUUGGGAAAGUUUAUCACAUUUACAUAUUAACUGGUCUUCAAAGGAGUUUAGUGAAGCAGUGCUCCCUCUAAGAUGAAUUCAUUGAGAAUGGAAGAAGGAAUCCGUUUUUAUUGCUUUCACGGCUUCACGUCGCCCCUCAGACAAAACGUUGCCUUUACAUUGAUUUUGCUGCAGUAAUUAUUUAUCAUUGCCGUUCUCAGCAGAAAGUCUGUGGCGCUGUAAUAAGUCACCGUAAUAAAGCAGAAAAUAAAUGCAUUUACUAGACGGGAUAGCACCAAGUCUUUCUUCUUCUUACAGCUUGUUCACUAAUCUAUUUCACUUUGCAGGCGAUAGAUGUAACCAAUGUUCCUGCAGAAGGAGACAAAAGCGGUAAGCAGUCAUUGUCAGAUUGUUGUAAAAAGAAAAUAUUCUGAGAAAGAGGUCUACUACCAAGAGACUCAAUGCAACUGCUGCUUAAUGUCUGCAUUGCAAGAGUCAUCUUGUUGGAGACACAGAAAUUUACACCGAGGGGUACAUUGCAAACCCAGCUUCCAUAACCAAUCAAUAGAACGUUAUGAUUAUUGUGCAACAGUAAGCAGUGUGAUGACGAUUUAUGUCACUGUCACAAAAAUUGUGAUUGUUUUAAAUCUGCCCCUAAAACAUGAUUUGUUUGUUAAUCUUCCGAUAUCAAGUUUGAGAGGCAGAUGUCAUAAGGUUAGCGAGACAGUAAUUGGCGACUUCACAUGGGUUUCAAUGACAUCACAGGCCGACGUGUGUUUAUUACUGUGUUAGGGAUGUGUUUGUGUGUCUUUUUUGAUCACGGAGCAAACACUUAACAUAUAUUUUUGGGUGAAUUGUUAGAAAAGCAUUUCAAAGUGUUGGAUUCCAUAUCAAGGCUUCUCACUAAAGUCAGAAUUGUCAGGUAUUCAUAGAGAAAUUCAGAUUAAGGCCAACAUGGCUGACACAGCAAUUAUUACCUUAAAUUUUAAAUUCACUUUGAAUUCACUGUGAAUUCCCCACAUGUCUCACCUUUGUAAAUAACCCAGUGUGAGUCGGAAAUUACAAUGUCACAAACUCCUCUUCGGCAGGGUCACAAAGAGUUACACAUGAAGUGUAGGGUACUUUCUUAGCAAUCCGAUAAUGGUAAAAGUGAUGUCUAAAAGUAUUAAUGGGACUGUGACCGCUUUGACAUCAUUUACCGCUCAGCGACGGCCAUUACAUUUUCGAUAAAAAUUGGACACGAGAUUGUAAUUCCAUCAUUGUUAAAGUUAUUCAUCAAAACUUGAAAUGCUGGGAAUUCAAAUUGAAAAAGUGAUUUUCCUGCUUUAGAUGUCAGUGGUCAAACUGGAAAAUUGUAGUCAGAUAUGUUUUCAGUUUGGCUUUUUGAAAUAAUAUUUGAAAUUCACUUUGAAUUUCUGACAAUUCAGUAUUUAGCGAUUAAUCCUGUGUCUGUACGUUAGAAAGUAUGAAAGUGGAGCAAGGGGUGGGUGGAUACGGAAAGUCCCACGUGACGGUCCGUGGGUUUAAUGGCAUGUUCGUGCUACACUUACUGGAAAUGGUAGGACAUCGGUUGGGGUUUGGGACUGUCCUGCCAGAAACCGGUCUGUUGGAAAAUACCUGCAUGCAUACAUCUUUUUUAAACCUUACCUCAUCAUGCUAUUAAUUCAGAGAUGCCUUCAGAAAACUCAUCUCUACAGGCAAGCUUGGCUUAUCUCGGGCUUCGUUUGUUAAACCUGUGUCUCCUAACAGAAUGAAUCCAUUUCACUCUCUCCCUUCACACCACACAGCUUACAGUCACACUAUUUCUUCUAUUAGAUCAGAUACUGGCUUUAUUCCUGGUGAUCUCAUCCCCCAUGGUCUUAUAACUCACUUCCUCUAGACUGUAAGCUCACAUGACCCGGCUCUCAGUAAUCUCCAUAAUACGAUCUCAGGAAAGCAUACCUUACCUGACAAAUCUAAGCAGUUGUAUUAUGUGUGCUGCUGUCUGGAAAUGCCAUGGACAACAAAGAUUGGAUUUCUUUUAUCACUAACCAUUUUUUUUCUUAUUUUUCAGGAAAUAUAACAUAACAGGUGUAUAGCUGAAAGUUGCCCGAAAAGCCAUUUUUUAACACUGACAUCAAAUAUGCCACGGAAAUAGCCAAGAAUAGUCUGUGUUUGAAGUAUUUUAGUUUUUAAACAGAUCUUUCUAAUAAAAUAAUAGACAUACGUUUCUCGUUUUCUGUGUUGGUCGGUGUAAAUUAGAAAGACAAAUAUCGCCAUCUGCUGUCCAUGGGAGGCCAUGAUACUGACUUUACUAAACCGUUCAAGACCUUGGGACUAUUUGUUUAUCACUAUAGUUAUAUAGUCUUGAAAUUUAUGUUUGCCAAAUUAGUGGAUCAGUUAUACAGAAAAGGAAU